AUGACUGGAGGUAGGGCAGUAUGGGUAGUUCGGCAUGCAGAAAGAGAAGAUAACAUUAACGAGGACUGGAGAAAACUGCCCUCCGCUCGCGUCUUAACUUUCGCUAACAGCAUGCUUAGUAAGCGAGGACGUGAGCAAGCUAAGGAGUGUGCUGCUAGGUUUCGGGAUGUCAACAUAACGAACGUGUUUGCUUCUCCUUUCGAUAGAACCAUUGAAGCCGCUUCAAUAAUAGUUGCGGACAAGAAACUGUUGAUUAAGCCGGAACCGGGGCUAUGUGAUUUGUUAUUUUAUAGCGAUGGAACCCCUGGAUUUUGGGUAUCAGAAAAGCUCAAAGAAAAAUAUCCACUCGAUGACACUAAAUACGUCCCCGUUUUUACUAAGGAAUUUAUUCUUCAUAGUUCUGGUAAUGAAACUACUGCCCUUUUUGAGCCAAUCUUGAAGAUGGGCGACUUAGCAUUUUUUGCUGCUCUGACUGAUGCUUGA